AUGGCGUCCCCGGGCGGCCCCCACAGCCUCUUGGUCUGGCUUCUGCUCCUUCAACCCUGGCUCACGGAGGCUUCGGAGGAUGGGUUGGCGACGCCCUUGCCCCCUCCAGCUCCCUCGGGAGGCGGCACUAAGAACCGCACGGCGGUCCAGCCAGCCCCCGGAGGCGCUUCGGAAGUGCCCAAGUUGGUGGAGUUUAGCUUAGCGUGCGGCCAAGUGUUCCUGAAAAUCUUGGGAGGACAGGACAGCGAGGAAGGGAAGUGGCCCUGGCAGGUGAGCCUGAGGGUCCGUAACAGACAUGUGUGCGGAGCUUCCCUCGUCUCAGAGAGGUGGGUGCUGACUGCAGCCCACUGUAUUUUAAGCCGUUACCAGUACAGUGUCAUGAUGGGAGAUCGGAAUCUCCAGGGUAUAUUAUCAGGGUUGGUGGUCCCUGUCAGCCGUGUCGUCGUUCACCCUCAGUUCUCAACAAGUGGAACCGUUAAAAAUGACCUUGCUCUUCUCCGGCUCCGCUACCCUGUAAAUUUCACUGGCGUUAUCCAGCCUAUAUGCAUCCCUGAGAAGACUUUCCACGUGCAAGCUGGGACCAGGUGCUGGGUGACCGGAUGGGGAAGGAAGCAAGAAUUUGAAGGCCCACUUGUGUCUGAAGUUCUCCAGGAGAUCGACCAAUAUAUCAUGUACUAUGAAGAAUGUAAUGGGCUGCUCCAGAUGGCCCUACGAACAGAUAAGGAUUUAGUGCAAGAAGGAGUGGUCUGUGGCUAUAAUAGUAUAGGAAAGGAUUCUUGCCAGGGAGAUUCUGGGGGCCCUCUGGUCUGUCAGUACAGUACCACAUGGGUCCAGGUAGGGAUUGUGAGCUGGGGCAUUGGCUGUGGUCGUAACAAUACGCCCGGAGUUUACACAGAAACCGCCCUCUACUCUAAGUGGCUAGUUGCAGUGGUGAACAAGGCGGCCUCUUUGUAUCCAGUGGUGCUCCUCUUCCUGUUGCUGUGUGUGGUGUUGUCCCUGGGCCUCCUGGUGACCCUGUGA